CGCAUCCUCACCGGCAGAUUGAACUUGUCGGCUGUCUGACUUCUCGUCCUCACGAGACUGUUUUUCACUCCGACUCUGCCUCGUUUAUCGGUGUGGUGAAUCGUUUCUUCCCCAUCACCCGCCUAGCUUUUGUCCUGGGCAACAACACCAACCAUUCGCUCCGAUCUUGCGGGUACCGUCCGAUAGGAGUCGCCAGAUGGCCGGUGUGCAGCUUCAACAACCCAGCAUGACUGAUUACCGUCUGCCGAUCCAUCAACCGCCGCCGGCUCGAAAGCCGGUCGCGGGGAUGCAAUCUGGAUUUCCCUACCAGUCCUACGAAGGGGCCCACCACCACCAGCUUGCCCCUCACCCGUCUACUGCCGCCAUCGCGCACAACCGUCGACGAACAUCCUCCUCCCACGUUAUACCCUACAUGGGCCAGCAACAGCAGCACUCUACUGGUCCCUCCCCACACCAUUCCAUGACGGCCGCGGCCCCCUAUCCACCUUCGCGACGCCUAUCCAGUGCAACCACCUCCACUAGCUCCACCGGCAAUAAUCCGAAUAUGUACUAUAGUGGUAAUGUGUCGGAUAUUCGUCGAAGCACAUCAUCGCGCUCGGCCAACGCCCAGCUGGGAUACGUCGCUUUGAUGCGGAGGCAGAAGGCGACUGUUUGGUGUGACCGGGCCCAGCCAGAAGACCCGCGACUGCGGGCUCAGAAAUUGGUGGAUAAAAAGCGGGCAUACCUGGAAGUCCAUGGCGCAGGCGCCGGGCGUACGGGUACCCUGGGAAGCGGCAAGAACAAGCACGGCGCUAAAGGGGGCACUGACUUUUCACCCUCGGCGCUUGUCGGUGCAACGGUUCCAGUUCGCCUGAGUGCCAACGAAGUGGGCGAUGCCGACGAGGAUGCCCACAGUGAUCGUGGAUUCCCGUAUCGCCGCACCGGCAGUGGCCGCAGUUCUCUCGGAAGCAACUCGCGCUAUCCAAGUGGAUACCAGCGAAGCACUGUGGGUAGCAGUGGCUCUCCAUCGAACGAGAUGAGCGACUUGCCCGACGUUUCCGAGCACCCACGAGCAGAAACUGCCGAAGCCGAGCCAGAACAUGCUUCCAUCAAGGAUAACGCCUCUCUGAAUAGCUUAGGCAGUGAACCAGAAGACAAAUUCGGCACCCUGGCAGACAUGGCUGCCCCCAGCGCCGCACAAGCCGCCAUCGAGAAGGCCAAGAAGGCGGAUGAGCUGAGGCGCCGGGGCAGUGUGGACGACAGGACCACAUCAAUGACCAAUGUCCGACUCUUUGUUGCGAACCCGGAUCUGAGUGAUUAGGAUGCAUUCCAGCUGCGCGCUUGGCAUAUUCUUGAAUCUACCAUGCCACGUCUUUACCUACCUUCCAACCCCAAUGUUUUCAUUUUCGAUCUCUGUUGAACCUCUUUCCUCCUGCAGUCCUGCCUUGCAU